UUCAACGCUCGAGGCCUCACACAAACAAUCCUCAAAUUGGCCAAGCCGUCUCGCUCGAGUCGUCGUCGAUCUCGUCUCGAAAUGCACUGUCACCCUGCAUUUCUAUCCACCCUUCUCACCAACGCAGACACACCAUGACCGUCAUAAAAGCUACAUUGGCAGCUGCGCUUCUCAUUCACAAUCGUCUGGGCGGGCGGGCGCCACUUCACGGCACCUUGCCGGAGCGCUUGGCGGUCAUUCUGCGAUCCCGUAAGCUGGCCAUCGCUCUGCUUUUCUAUCUGAUCGCUCAGAUCAACACCUGGCUGGAUAGAGUCUACCUAGGAUACGGUAGAAGAGCCAAAGAUGCCUACCACUGGCCUCAAGAGAUCGCCGUUGUCACUGGUGGAUCAGGCGGUUUGGGGCGCAGAAUCGCUUCAGGCCUGGCAGCUAAAGGCACGCGCGUCGCUGUCCUCGACAUCGCUGCGCCAGAGGACGGUGCCUGGCCGUCGAGCCUCGCGUCACGCAUUCAAUUCUAUCAGACAGACCUCACAGAUGCAAACGCCAUCAGAACUGUAGCCGAGGAGAUCCGCUCCGCCUGGGGCCAUCCCACCAUCUUGGUGAACAAUGCCGGCGUCCCCAACGCAGGACAGUCGCUGCUCCAUGCCGAACCAAGUCGAACCAAGCUGACGCUCGAGGUCAAUCUGCUCGCUUCAUUCUACACGAUACACGAAUUCUUGCCUGACAUGGUCAAGCACGAUCACGGCCAUGUGGUCAACGUAGCCUCCGCAGCGUCUUUCAUAAGCGGUGUCAAAGCUGCCGAUUAUGCGGCGUCCAAGGCAGGUCUCCUUGCGCUGAACGAGACUCUAAGAAUCGAGCUCCAGACAAUCUUCAAGGCCCCAAGCGUAUUGACGACCAUCGUGCACCCGAGCUUUAUUCGCACACCCAUGACCAGGGAGCUCUUCAAGUCUCAGUCAGACUUCCUGGAAGCCGACGAAGUUGUGCAUGCCGUCGUGUCGCAAGUGCACCAGCAACGCAGCGCCAACCUCUUCUUGCCCAAUGCUCGCGUCCGCUUUGGCGCGACCUUCAGAGCAUUUCCGACGUGGCUGCAGGAUCACUUGCGACUCCAGAUAUCACGCGGGCUACUGAAAAGGUCUCGUGUCACAGUCACAUGGCCACCCAAUGAAGCCAAGUGACUCAACUGCGACAUGCAACGCCAAUCCCACAUGUCCUCAGCCAAGGUCACCAAAUGCCCGCCUUCCUGUCGGUCGCUUCUGCUGACGUAGGCUUGACGAUCCACACUUGUAAGCGUUGUCUUUCACUUUGAGUGUGAAGCAAUCGUAGUCCCUCUGCGUC